GCCAAUGAGGAAGACUUGUAGUCUGCCUGUCACUAGCCUUCAAAUGCAGCAAAAGCGUUUUUGAAUUUAACGAGAAGCUUAGCCUCUACCCUACCCUAAUUCCCUUAGCCUUGCCGGUUGCGUCUCUGCCUGAUUUUCUUUGCGCUGUAGACAAGGCGUGUGAGGUGUCUAUUUCGUGGCAGCUUUUCGAAUGGUCAUCGCUUUCCUAAAGUAAACGAUAAAAUAAAUCAGAUGACCUCUUUUUACGACGACAAAGUUCAUGCGCUCGAGUUGGCUGAAGAGCUCAGUCAAGUGAACUGCCAAGAUGACUUGGAGUUUGCCUACCUGUUUGAAUAUGAGCCGCCAAGCAGCGACUUCCCUGGGGAGAAUCGAGAUGAGCCAGGUCUCUCCACGCACAAAGUGCUUAGCUCCCCUGGCAGCCUCUCCUACACCCUGGAGGACACCGCUGGCUUUGGCCUCAAGUCCUGCAGCCCGUCCUAUAGUGAGCCAAACCCUGAAGGCUUGCCUGACUACGAGAGCUUUGAGGCCAAAGGCUUCCUGGGCCAGGCGCGUCCCUCCGGCGCUCCAGCUCUCAGUCCGCGCAUCGAGAUCACGCCGUCCCGUGAGCACUACAUCCAAGCACGCGACUCGCUGCAGGGUCAGCUGCUCAACACCAGCCCGCGGCAGGCCCUGACCGUGCCGGGACAAGACAGCCUGGCCUACCGCGAGCCGGCCUGCCUGAGCCCGGCCAGCAGCAACUCGUCCACCAGCUGGCACUCGGAGAGCUACUCGCCCUGGGCCUCGCCCUGCGUGUCGCCCAGCAACGGCCAGACGGCCGGCGACCUGUGCCCGCGCUUCCAGGGCAUCCAGACCAGCGGCGGCUCCCCGGGCACCUCCCCGCGCGCCAGCCUGACGGAGGACUGUGCGGGCGGCCCGCGCUCACCCUCCUCGCGCCCCGGCUCGCGCUCCACCUCCCCGCAGGGCAAGCGCACCUAUCACAUGUACCGCAACCCCGGGCUCGUCGCCGGGCCACGCUCCCGCAGCCCCUCCCCCCACGCCGCCCAUGACCACCACCACCACCCGUCGGCCGUCAGUGGGGGCGUCCACUACGGGUCAGAGGUCAUCAACGGCUUUAACGUGGCCCAGCCCAGCUCCGUGCCCACCAAGAUCAUCAGGACGACCAACAGCAGCCAGGGGUACGGGGUCUACCCUGAAGCCCCCACUGAGAGCUACGUGUUGCCAUGCCAACAGGAUGUCAAAACCAAGCCUGAGUCCUUCUAUGUCAUCCCGCCUGCCAUCUGGACCAAACAGCUCCCAGCAAUCCCAGGCAUUUGCAGCAUCCCUGUGGCCUCUCUGCCUCCUCUGGAGUGGCCCCUGCCCAGUCGCACUGACCAGUAUGAGCUGUACAUCGAGGUCCAGCCCAAGCCACACCACCGCGCCCAUUACGAGACAGAGGGCAGCCGCGGGGCCGUCAAAGCCCCUACAGGGGGACACCCGGUAGUGCAGCUUCAUGGUGGUGAAUGUAACAUGCCCCUUGGGCUUCAGAUCUUCAUCGGCACCGCAGAUGAGCGCAUCCUCAAGCCACAUGCCUUCUACCAGGUGCACCGCAUCACCGGCAAGACCGUCACCACCUCCAGCUACGAGAAGAUCAUCAGCAGCACCAAGGUCCUGGAGAUCCCCCUCGAGCCUAAGAACAACAUGAAGGCAAUAAUUGACUGUGCUGGGAUCCUGAAGCUUCGUAAUGCGGACAUCGAGCUGAGGAAAGGCGAGACGGACAUCGGGCGUAAGAACACUCGUGUCCGGCUGGUGUUCCGGGUGCACAUUCCCCAGGCCAACGGCCAGCAUGUGUCCCUGCAGGUGGCCUCCCACCCCAUUGAGUGCUCCCAGCGCUCAGCUCAUGAGCUGCCCAUGGUGGAGAAGCAGGAUCUGGAUGGCUGUAGUGUGCUGGGGGGCCAGCAGAUGAUCCUCACUGGACAGAACUUCAGCUCCGACUCCAAAGUCAUCUUCACCGAGAAGACCCCUGACGGGCAGCAGAUCUGGGAAGUAGAGGCCACAGUUGACAAAGACAAGAGCCAAACCAGCAUGCUCUUCAUUGAGCUCCCUGCAUUCCGGGACCCCUCCAUCUGUCACCCCGUGAAGGUCAACUUCUAUGUGAUCAAUGGAAAGAGAAAGCGCAGUCAACCCCAACACUUUACCUACACUCCCCUCCCAGUGGCCUCCAUAAAGACAGAGCCAGUGGAUGAGUAUGAGCGUCACAUGGCCUUCGGGCUUCCCCAGCUGCUGGGCGUGACCCCCCAGUACUACCACAGCCCCCGCACCCUCGUCACGCACGACCCCAGCCUGGCCUCCUGCCAGCAGGCUCGGCCAGCCACCGCCCCGGGCCUGGACCCCCACUUCCAGCAGCAGAGCCCCGCCAUCGUCUACUCGCGCGGGGCCAAGAGCGCCAGUGCGGGCCCCUCUCUCUACCCCCAGGCCUCCUCCACCUCCAUGCACCCGGACCCCCACCGCUCGGUGCUGGUGCACACGGGCUCGCCCUCCCAGCACGGCCACACACACACACACGGCCACCCCCACGCACACACACACUCCUCCAUCAUCCAGUUCUCCUCCACCCACAACCAGCUGCUGCGGGCCACCGAGCCCCUGGCCGUGGCCCCCGAGCAGCAGCACGUGCUGUACGGCGACCCCCCCCACAGCCAGCACUACCCCACGGUCAUCCAGCAGCAGCAGCAGCAGCAGGCCUACACCCCCAAGAUGCCCAAGAGCAGCAGCCCGUCCAGUGAGGAGCAGAGUCCCAGUGCGCCUGCGCGGGUCACCGUUAAGCAGGAGAACCUUGACCAGGCUUACCUGGAUGAUGUAAAUGAGAUCAUCAGGAAGGACCUAACUGGUGUCCAUGGCAGAGGGCAGACAUAAGGAGGGAAGUAUGAAGAGCAUGGCCGCCCCAUCCUCCUCCUCCUCACCCCCUCUGAUCGCCCAUCUCACCAUGUGGGGCUGUGUGUGGACAGCAACAGGGACUCUGCUAUUCAGCAGCAUCUGAAAAGAGUGUGUUUUUCAACUUGGCCCAUAGCUGCUGGCUUGAGCAUUUAAUUGUGUCUCCAGAUUUUGAAGACACUAGGCCUUAAAAAAAAAAAUGAGUUACCCAUUUAGAUAAUCCAACCAAAGAAAAGGUCAAAGACACUAUCAACUCAUGCUGAGAAAGAGUAGGGUAUUUCCCCUGGGAACAGUAGCAGCCAGUAGUUUACUAGAGAAUCUGGUUACCUUUGAACUGACAUACACAGUCUGUCAAACUCGUAUGAUGCCAAACGGUCAUUGCUUUCAUCUGUGUGUGCCUUCAGUGCGCACGGCCACAUUUACACCAUCAAAGGGUUGUCAGUACUUUCAGCUUUCCUUACCAGUUUCCUGAAAUAAUCUCAGUAUUCGGUUAAACCCUCCUGUUGGAAGGGACGAUAGUUUUGAUUGUGUAGAAUAAUCAAAUGUCAUUUGAAAUCUCAUGUGCCUCAGUUUAGCAUUCUUGCCAUAUGUAAAAUGCUCUUUAAAGGGAAUCUUCAAAAUGCCAUUGUACUUUACAUGUUACUGUGUUUGUUUAUUAUGGGAUGUUUUUCAAACUAUAACAUGACGAAAAGUCUUGUUGCCUUUGUAAAUACAGCUAGUCAUUACAACCAAAGAGACAAGAUUUUUCUGAAACUAUUUUCAUUGUGUGGAAAGCUUUUGGGCUAAGCUAACUUCAGACAGUCAGAAUGUGAGCUAUAUUCUGUUUUUGAUCCUGACUCCUAGCUUUGUAUUACCUGUUUCUAUGCAACGGAUGCUCAGCUUCUUGCCCAUACUUUGAGUACCUGGCCUUACACUCCUGUUUUGGAGGAUUCCCCUUCACAUGUUGCCUGUAUGCAUCCUUUCCUAGGCUUAUGUGUCUGCUUAAAAAAGCAAUGUGUUUUUUUUUUCCUAUGGUGCUUUCAUAACUUGUCUUGGAAGCAUUUUACAACUUGCACUUGGAGGCAUUUUGUAGGUUGUUAGAUCUUAAGAGAGCUAAUAAAAUCAUCUCAAUGAACGUCUGUAGUGUUAACAAUGUAGAGGAAAUACAUCAUUUGAAUACAGACAAGUUACUUAGGUUAGUCAUUGGUUUUCUAACAUGUGUCUGGGACAUUAUGUACACCAAAUGUAACUAGUUAAACCUAUUGCAUUACAUUGGCAAUAUGAAAUGAGUUAAAGAAAAACCAAAGCCAUGAAAGCUGAUGUCUCAGCUGUCUCUUUCAAAAAGCAAAGAAUUUCUAAGUCUGUAUUGAUCUAAUCAGCAUGUGAGAGAUGCGCUCAUUGUACAGUUCUAAGUGUCUUAUCACGGUAACACCAUGAAUGUAUACCAAUGACUUUUCAUGUCUGUUGUAAAUAUAUUUUGAAUAUAAUGUGAUGUAUAAAAUGUUUCUUUUUGAAAUAUCUAGUUUUAGUAGAAAAUGUGUAUUUUUACGAACUGAAUCAGUUGUUGUCUUAGUUUUAUUGUUGUCAUUUAUCCAAAGCAUAAUAUAUGAAAUGCCAAAGAUAGAAACCUGUAGCCAUUCUUCAUUUUAGUUCCAUAAUAUUAAUAUAAUAUCUUUUUUUCUUAAAAGAGGCAAAUCUAUAUUUUUGUUUCAGACGUCUUAUAAUGUUUUUAUAUAAGAAUUUUAUAAGAAAGCUUCUUGUGUUUCAUUUGGUAAUUUGUUGCGAUCUCAUGCUGUUUGUGUGUAGACUAUGCAGUGUGCUAUGCUUUAUGUGUCUCUGCAGUAAUAUGAGCAAUAAAUCAGAUAUCAGAAACAUCA